CCUGAAACCAUUUCUUUUUUAAACUCUUUAAGUCAAAACUAUUUUUAUUAUAAUACUAAAAUUAUUUGCCUUUUUUACUUUCAUUCAUUUACAAGGAUGCAGUGCAGUUUUCCAAAGAAUAUAUGACCUGAGAAUUACAAAUUUAGCUGCAAACAUGAAAACAAAUGUUCUCAUGUAGUGAAGAUUAAAAGAGAAAAAACCAAACCAAAUCAACCAACCAGCCAACCAACCAACAAACAAAAAAAAGAUUCAGUGAAACCAGAACAUUAUGUCUGACAGUGUAUUCCACACUUGAAGUAUUCCACCUAAGCAGUGAAGGGAGAGAGAUAAGAUGCUCCGAGACAUUUGCAGUGCUCUUCAAAAGAAAAAGCUCUAAUGCUCUACUCUUGCCAUAAUACCAAACAUCUUUGAUUUUACUUUGGUGCUGAAACACUGGAAGAAUUGCAUGUAGGCUCUAAGAGGAGAAUCUGUCCCUUUUUAAUUUUAUCAUUCUAUGGGAAUAGAACGGGUUUUCUCUCUUAUUACCCACCCUAUUUUAAAGCUGCUUCACCACCUUUUAAACUGUUUGAUGAAUCAGACUUUUUGCCAAUGAGCCACACAGCCAAUUCUUGCCAAGAGCUGGUUGAAAACUGUGCCGUGCAUGUAGCAGGGAUGGCACAAGAAGACAGCCAUCGUGGUCAAGUGCCAUCCACAUUUUAUCAUGGUGCCAACCAGGAACUUGACCUGUCCACCAAAGUGUACAAAAGAGAGUCAGGAAGCCCUUAUUCUGUUUUAGUGGACACCAAAAUGAGCAAACCACAUCUUCAUGAAACAGAAGAACAACCUUUUUUCAGGGAAACCAGAUCAGUGGCUGAAGUCCGUGCAGUUAAAGAAGACCAAGAGAAUUCUGAUGACAUGGAAGAAGAAGAAGAAGAAGUAACUUAUAAAAGGGAACAGAUUAUAGUAGAGGUAAACCUUAACAACCAAACAUUAAAUGUAUCUAAAGGGGAGAAAGGUGUUUCCUCUCAGUCCAAAGAGACUCCAGUUCUUAAAACCAGCAGUGAGGAGGAAGAUGAAGAAAGUGAGGAAGAGGCCACUGAUGAUAGUAAUGACUACGAAGAGAAUGAACGGCAAAAGAAAAAGGAGAAGAGAGUGGAGAAAGUCAGUGUUGCACAAAGAAGAACAAGGAGAGCUGCUUCAGCUGCCGCAGCGACCACUUCCCCUACACCCAGAACAACCAGAGGCCGGAGGAAAAGUGUAGAACCUCCCAAGCGUAAGAAGAGGACUGCAAAGGAGCCAAAGGCACCAGUGCAGAAAGCUAAGUGUGAAGAGAAAGAAACUUUGACUUGUGAGAAGUGUCCCAGGGUGUUUAAUACACGCUGGUACCUGGAGAAGCACAUGAAUGUCACUCAUAGGCGCAUGCAGAUCUGUGACAAAUGUGGCAAGAAGUUUGUCCUGGAAAGUGAGCUAUCUCUCCAUCAGCAAACAGACUGUGAAAAAAACAUCCAGUGCGUUUCCUGUAACAAAUCAUUCAAGAAGCUCUGGUCCCUUCAUGAACAUAUCAAGAUUGUCCAUGGAUAUGCAGAAAAGAAAUUUUCCUGUGAGAUUUGUGAGAAGAAGUUCUACACCAUGGCUCAUGUGCGGAAGCACAUGGUUGCACAUACAAAAGAUAUGCCAUUUACAUGUGAAACCUGUGGAAAGUCAUUCAAACGCAGUAUGUCACUCAAGGUGCAUUCCCUGCAGCAUUCUGGAGAGAAGCCCUUCAGAUGCGAGAACUGUGAUGAAAGGUUUCAGUACAAGUAUCAACUUCGCUCUCACAUGAGCAUCCACAUUGGACACAAACAGUUCAUGUGUCAGUGGUGUGGCAAGGACUUCAACAUGAAACAGUACUUCGAUGAGCACAUGAAAACACACACUGGAGAGAAACCUUUUAUCUGUGAAAUCUGUGGCAAAAGCUUCACCAGCCGCCCAAAUAUGAAGAGGCACCGCAGAACUCACACAGGCGAGAAGCCCUAUCCAUGUGAUGUGUGUGGCCAGCGGUUUCGCUUCUCCAACAUGCUCAAGGCUCACAAGGAGAAGUGUUUUAGGGUUACCAGCCCUGUGAACAUCCCGCCUGUUGUCCAGAUCCCACUUACAACUUCCCCAGCCACCCCGGUUCCUUCCAUUGUGAACACACCCACAACCCCUACCCCACCAAUCAAUAUGAAUCCAGUAAGCACUCUUCCUCCAAGGCCCAUCCCCCAUUCCUUUUCACAUCUUCACAUUCACCCACAUCAUCCUCAUCACCUCCCCAUCCCGCCAGUCCCUCAUUUACCCCCACCUCCAGCCCUCUUUAAGAGUGAGCCUUUAAAUCAUAGAGGCCAGAGUGAGGACAACUUUCUGCGACACCUGGCAGAGAAGAACAGUUCAGCACAACAUCAUUAACAAAUAUCCUCUUUAAUCUAUUGUCCCUUGGGUAUGUGCCCACUUGAGAGUCUGCAGAGUGGGAAUCAAUGAGGUUGUUGGUAGCUCUAUCCCACUCCCUCUUAGCCUCCAGCAAAAAAGCUUUGUCAUUGGCUUGGUGUACCAGCAGAUCCAAGUGAAUGAGAAGACUACCUUUGGCUCAAAGAGGAGAAGGAUCAUCGUAACCUGGGGAGCCGAUGGAACUAAAGCCCAAUAUGCUUCCUUUUUAUUCAUGACUUUUAUAAAUUUCAAAUAUUGAGACUUGUGGAAUUUUAUAAUUUCAUAUCAGCUGAUGAGGUAUGCUUGCUUUUAUAUCCUGGACUUCUCCUCAAAGAGGAGAUAGGCCUGGUUUCCUUUUACUAAUCGGGAAGGCUGUGAGAUUAAUCCAGAGCAUUAAUUGUAUCACUGUGUAUUGUAACAAAUUCUUUUCAGCUUUUGAUGCCAGCAUCAGAGGUGAACUGGCUACAUAUCACAGUAUAUUAAGCAUUAUAGAGAAAAACAAAAAUUUCUUGUUUGUGUAGCUCUCUCCUAACACACUCUUUAUUUUACUACAGAAAUUAUUUUAGAGUUUUUGUAUAGACCUCUUUAGUAGUUACCUGUUUCUAAAAUGAAAUGUAUUUCAAUAAGCGGUGUAAUUUUUUUCAGUGUAGCUGGACCUAUGUUGUAAAAUAGAAAAUUUUUAUAAUCAUCAAAAUGUGAUUCUUAAAGAUGCAUAUAGCUUCUAUAGUUAAAAGUUAUCCUUACAUCCGUACUACUCAAAGGUGCUUCAGAGACUAAAUGUAUCUGAGAAGGUCUCCAGGCCAGAUUGCUGCAAAAAUUAUGUUUUGCUUUCAGAACUUGUUAUAAGUUAUUUGGUAGUUUUUAAUAUCUCCACUUCCUACCCAAGUGUCUCUUAGGCUCACCAGACAUGCUCCUUUACCUAAUUAGGGUGGAGUGUUACAUGAAAUGUUUUAAAAAGGAAUGGGUCACUUUCCAGGAAAAACACCGAAGAGCACACGUUUGUGUGCACACAUGCAUAUGUACACACACACACACACACACACACACACACGGUUUGAAAACGUGAGAAAAGUUGCUCAUCACUUAGAAAAGGACAGGGAGUGGAGGUUUUCUCAUGUCAGUCAUAGCUGUUCCCCGUUCUCAUGAGGAAUAGUGUUCGUGGUUAACUUUUAUGAUAUGACUAAUUUGAAUUUCAUAUCAUGUGCUGCUUGUUUUCAGGUUGCUUUCUUUUUCUGGAGUUGUUAGGAGAAGGAAAAAUACAAAACACGAAUCACAAACAUGAUAUUGCUGGUAGAGGAUAAGGAGGCAUUUAAAUGAGAACAUGAGCUGAUCAUAUGAUUGAAAAUGUCUUUUGUCACUGGAUAUAUCUACAACUUGGAGCUUUUCUUAUGUAACAUAAUAGCAAAGAAAAACUUGACUGCCCUAAGCAAAUGUUUCUAAAAUGGCCAAUUUGAACAAGUGGUAGGGAUAGCACACCUCUGAUACUUUCAGCCUGGUAACUUUUUCAGAUAUUGAUGAUAUUAUAGCAAGAAAUAGUAGUUAAUAUAGGGAAUGGUUCAGCAGAAGGCCUUGCACAUUGGUUAUAUUCAACUGCUGAAUGGCUGUCCUAUUUUUCUUCUUUCUAUUUUAAUUUAAAUAGAGAUGACUCUCACAGUAAGCUUAAAAAUUGGUGUUACCCUCAUCUCAGAGAACUGAGUUUUGGCUGUUAUUGUCUUCUUUUAAUUUUGUGUUUUACCUCAAAAUUCCCCAAUGUUUCCCCACAUAUUUUCAAAUAACUGCCUCUACUAGUACCCUAACAUUUGAAGGUUCAUUUUUUUUUUUUCCGAAUGUGCAAUUGUAAUGGAGGUUCUCUUCUGGAUCAUGGACUAUAUGUUAUUACUAAAACUGAGGCUAAAGUCCUUGUUUUAAAAUAUCACAUUCUUUUCUAUUAACUUUCCUAUUCUGAUCUUCUUACCUUUGUCUGUGUGCUGUGAAUUAGUAUAGGAAGCUUUUGGAAUGGGAGAGAAAAAAGGCAUCUCUGACUACCUUUGCUUCCUAAUUUAUGUGUAAGUCUUUAAAAAUUGGGACAGUUUUAAAGAGUUAUUUCUCUUGAUAUUUAGAUACAUUUUUUAAAGCUCCCAAGUACACAAGCCAGUAAGGAAAGCUAGAUCCUUAUUUACAUAUUUUAUCUUUAGUGGCUGCUCUCCCAUAAACUCCUUGCAUUCCAUGCCACAUUUUUCUUCUACAUUUUUAUGUAAAUGUGCCACUACUUUAUGGUCAGACCUGUUAAAAAUGCUUUUUUUUUUUUUAUUAUUAAGAAGGUAUCUCAGUUAAAUAUAUUGUACUUUGUUCUAAAAAGCUUUACAGUAUUAGACAGCCAUUCUGAAUUAUAAUUCAAGACCAUUUUGUUGUCCAUUUCCUAGGAAUAUUAUAAUGAUACACUGGGAAUUUCAGGUGGUUCUACCUGUGAUUUGGGAGUUGCAGAUCUAUAUCCCGUAAGAAAGAACCCACAACCCAUGGGAAAUCCAGUAUUAAGUAGUCAUUACCAUCCCCAAAAAAGCUCAAAAGAGCUAUCAAAAGAUUCAGCUAAAAUUAUCACAAAAUAUAAUGACUGGUGAAAGUCAUUUUGGAGCAGCCUUUUAAAAAUCCCCAAUAAUUGUCUAUUUUUGUUUUCUGGGUUUUGACUUUACUUGACUGGUAUCCAUGGUUUUAAGGAAAAGUUCUCAGAAAAUCUAAUGUGUCUUCAUAAUUUUCAUAUUAAAAAUUAAUCAAGACACAUUACAGAAUAUUUAUGAGUGCUUCUGAACAUGAGAACUUCAGGAUUAAGCCUUAAACAAAGACCUGUGUCAGGUUAACCUAAAAACUCAGGAACUCAAAGUUGAAAAAUCUGGUUGAUAGUCUUUACUUGGCUUCCCUAAUAGGUAUGUGGGCUAGUUCUUCUAUCUUCUUGCAUUACAUAGUCCCAUAACCCUGCAAACUGCUCAGUAUGAUUAAUUAGAUGUUCAUCUUUUUAGAAAAAGGAUAUGGAGGAAGAGUUUGGUCUCUAGUUUUUGCUAUAUAUGUCUUUACAUAAGUUUCUAAAGGACCUCGAAGGCUACGUUAUGCAGUGUAUUUAAGUAUUACAUUGGUGUUAAAUGAGGCUGUUAUUACAAUCUUAUUGUCUUUGACAUUUCCUAUCCCAUUGCUUAAAAUAUGACCUAUUUGAGGAUACAAUGACAUUUUUGAGUUAAAGUAGUAGUGUACAUUUCCUUUAUCUUUUAAAAACUCAAAUAAGAAAUCUUAGCCCAUAAUGUAAAAUUGCUGCUUUACCUAGUUGAAUCAGGUUAGCUCAUAUUGAGUGAGAUUUUUUUUGGUUUGAACAAUGGAGAAAAAGUAAACAUAACCUAAGUCUUAUGGCACAUAACUUCACUGCCACCUAUAUAUUUGUGACUUCAUUCUUACAUACUUUUAAUGAGAAAGAGAGGCUUCCAUGUAAAUUUUACCAUAGUAUCAAAGGAAACGUUAGAAAAUUAGUAGCAUGUAUUUUGCUUGAACCCUACCAUUUUGCAUUAACUACUCUAAAUGAAUGGCUGAGCACGAAAAUACCAUAGUUGUACUUGAUGCUUUGGAAAUACCUUUCCAAGAUUCUCUUUAAUUUGGUUGUUCACUUAUUGUGUGCCUGGUGAUGAUGUCUUCUGUGGAAAAGAUGUUUGCAAAUACUGAAUUUCCUAAUUUCUUCUUCUUUUUAUGCCUGAUUUUUUUUUAAGUUUUCAUAUUCAUUGGUUUGGAUGUUUUUGUUUAAUUUAAUUUAAUUUCACAGUUUCUGAUUUUUACACAAAAACAAUUGUGAUAAAAGUCAUUUAAGAAAUAUAUUCCAUUUUGCAAAACCCUUGUCAGUUUGACAUAUAAAAAAGUAUAGAUAAUUUGUCACAUCAGACUACCCAUGUUACAUUUAGAGCUAUUUCUGCUUGAUCUUAUAUAAAUAAGGAUAUUAUAUUAUGUAAAACAAAUUAGGUGUGUAUACUCACAAAAUAAGCAUUUUUGAUGUGCUUCUAGAUUUAGAAUCAUGAGAAUAUUUGACAAAGGGGGAUAAAUUGCUUUUAAGAAUUCUGUCAAUUGUAUUUAAGGUCAUCUCACUUGGAAUUCUGUAUAUUUUACAAUUGGACAAAUCAAUGUUGGCUUUAUUUUCCUUUGAACAACUUACUCCUUUGCUAAACCAAGAUUAGAAAUCCCAUUCAAAAAUAAAAGCAUUUUUCAGUAAUGGAAAGGUCAUAGAUUAUUAGCGAUAGUAACAUAAUUAUGCAAUAAUUAUAUUAUAUUAAUUAUAGCUUCUAAGCUAGACUGCUUUUGACAUCUGUAGCAUUUAUAAUAAUUAAUAAUGACCUUCCAAUUCUGGAUUACUACCUCGAUAAAGCAAACCAGACGUCCUCUCUCCCCUUAUUAUGGAAGCCAUAAAAGUUGCCACCAAUAUGUCCAUUUUCUUAGUUCCUUACUUUUAUACUCUAUAAUCCUGACUUUUUAUAGCAAUCAAAUAUUUUUGUCUUAGAGAAAGGGCUUUACAAGUUUGGACCAGCAUGGAAUUUUAGCUCCUUUGGUUUAAAUUUGGAGGACUAGAUGAAUUCAUCAGGUGAAUCAAAUUCCCCAUUUAAGUCAAGCUGUUUUACCCAGGUGUAUUUUUUACUCAUAGAAGACUAGCAUCUUGCCCUUUCCUAUUCUUUGUUUUCUGCAUUGUUGCAGAAGUUAUUUGUGGAAUGAAAUUCUACUUUGUUGCUCUAUUGAUUAAUUAAUAAUUGGUGUGUCAUCAAAUCAUCUCUUGGAAUUGUUUCAUUUCCUUAAAUUACACAAGUAAAUGCAAACCUACAUUUUCUUAUCUUUCUUCCACCAUUGCAGCUUAAGCCCUCUCUCUUUCUUGAGUGCCUUGAAGAAACCAGCAUUCCUGGAAAUUUUCUCCCUGGUUUAGAUCCUACCUCUACUUCAUUUUCCAUGAAUGUUGGAUUUUGUCUUUAAUCUAUUUGGUUUAGUUCUUCAAAAACUAAUAAAAGCCUCAGACAGAAAUUUUGAACAUAUCUCUGAAUGAUUUCUCUUCCCUGACUUUCCAGGUUUUAUGGUAGCAACUGAUUACAUAUUAGUCAUACCUCUCUAGACAUUCACCUCCUGUCUCUUGAGUAACUAAAGGUUUGGUCCUGUGUCUUGACUCCUAUUUGCUUCCUUAGCCCGGGAAAAUAAUUUCAUUGUAUAUUCCAUGUACAGUUUUUGCCCAGUUUGGUCUUCCUGAAUUCUUCCUUUUUCACUUUAGGGGGAUGAGCAUCAGUGCUGCUGUGACUAUACAAUAACUUUCUCAUUUGUUCUCUCUCUCUAAGAAUUAGUUUGCAAAUUUGUCCAUAAAAAUUUUUUUCUUACUCAAAUCUAAUUCAAAAUUGUUUGGUUUUUCCCAGACUUUUUGUCUUGACUCUGUCAUCUAACCUUUCUUUCACCAUGUCCAUGAUCAUCCAAGCCAAUGACUUUUCUUUGUUUUUCUCUUUGAGAUACUGGUCUUAAAGUAGUUGCACCUCCUUUUACAAUUCUUGCCUUAUCUCUCCCAUUACUUCUUUGCCCUCUUUUUUCCAGGCUUCUCCUUCUUUUCCAAUCUCCUAAAACAUCAUUUAACUCUUUCUUUCUAGUUUUCCCUAGAAUCAGUUUUUACAAUAUAAUUAUUACUCAAUAUGAAGGACAUUAAACAAACAAACAAAAAAAAGAGAGUUGCUUUAUGAUCUGUUUGUGACAGCUGGUUCUGAAUUGAUAAAAGUACUUCAGCAUUGUGUUUUACUGCCACCAAAGGGGUUUGUGCUGUGCAUAAAACUCUCUUCCUUUUAAUUCUUAUCCAAAACUGAAAACAAAAUCUUUUAAGAAAAGAGGAAACUAGAUUAGUUGGGUUUUUUGUUUGUUUUCAUGGAAUGCAAACUAUUAAUCUUAAUAUUUUUGCUGUCAUCAAAACUUUGCAUUAUCUUUUUAAAGCUACUCUCUCUAAAUUCACAUUCUUUUGGUGAGUAGUCCUUGGAGUUUUCAAGAAUAAACUCAUAAGAAAAAAAGGGGAAUAUGAUGAGGCAGAAGACUAGAGAAUAUAGCUAUUUGUGAAACAUUAAUUCUUUUUAUCUGAACAAGCCUCUCCAUUUCCACUCUGUACCCCAUCAUGUUACUGGUUAACCAAGGAAAAGAUUCAUGAAUAAUUGAAAGUUGAGCUAUACUUUUUGGGAAACUAGUUUGGAAACCAUGUGAUUCUUUUUCUUCCAAAUUAACACUUUGUUACAUCAAAAAAAUUUUCUAUAUGAUUACUUUUCACUUGACUCGUCUAUUUUCUUAAUAAUGGCAUCCAGAGGUUUGGCUUUCCCAAGUAUUUGUUGGCUGACAGCAUUUUUUAACUAUUCUCUGUAACUGUGCUAAGCAGAAAGUAGUGAUGAACAUUUGAAAAAAUUAAAUUGUCUGUCAAGAAAACUUUGAUGAUCUGUUCUUUUGCUGAGUAGCAGAGUUUUGAAACAGUCAGCAGAGGGGGCCCUUGUUCUCUCAAGAAGCUGCCUCAUAGCCUACCUGAUCCAGGUUUACUCCUUACUUGUGAAGACCAUCUCUAGUGGGAGAAGAGAUAUGGUAAAUUACUUCUAUGGGGGUGGAACCGGAAAGGAUGUGGCAGAGAAAUAGUUAAAUUUUGUUUAACUUUGAAAGGCAUCUAUUACUCAAUGCUUCUUAUCUUUCUAAUUAGCUAAAGACGGACUGAAUGUGUUGAAGAAGAGAAGUAUUCUUGAAUGUACAGCUCUCCCUGGUUUAUAUAUCUUUAGUGGGGGGGGAGGGGAAGGGUAUUGUGAGAGGGAAUACCUUAACUAACAGGAUUGAUGUCUCAAAUCACAUUUUGCAUAGGACUUUAGAAACCAAUCUGUUUACAUUUGAAAAUCAGUAGGAAAUAAUUUACACCCAGAACCUGACUUCUUUUCUGCUUGAUCAUUUGAAUCAUUCUUGAUUUAGGUCAAGAGUUUAAAUAAUGGAAUAUGAUUUCAGUGUUUGCUGUUAAGAUUAUAUCCUUGAAUUAUAAGCAGCCUCUGAAAAUCUGAUCAAAUGCCUUUCAAUCUUUCACAUUUAGUAUGCAUGUACAUUUUAUCCAUCUUUUUGCAGGAGCUAUAUAAUUACUAAUAAAUCUGUCAUUAUUCAGCAUUACUGUAUUUGGCCCCAGGGAAGCAAAGCAGCAGGAUGUUUAAAAAGUAUCAAUUGGGGGGGAAGGGGGGAGACAGCUCUUGUAUUAUGUAACUUUGUUUCUACUCCUCCCUGCUUACUUCAGUGUUUACUUUUAACUUUGGGUUCUGAAACUUUAUUUUCUCUUAUAAGUACAAUAAAUCACUGUCCUAGUUCCCUUGAUAUAGGCACACUGGUAAGGAAUGCUUUGAUGCCAGGAGUCAGAGAUAUUUGGGGAGCAUAAUUGAGUAAGUUAGCCUGACUAGCCUGUUUAAAUAAUAAUGCCUAAUGAUGAGAGCCAGUCCUUUUCCAUCUGGUGUAGAAGCUUUUUUCUUAAGAGUUCUCAUAUACCGAAUGCCAAAGCAGGAAGGCAAUCUUGUUUUCUCUUUCCUGCUCUUUUCCUUAACCUCUCCUCUCUACAUUAUCCCUUACUUGCAGUAGUUGGGAAGAAUAAAUCAUUAACUCUCAGGAGUGUGGAAGAGGUGAGAACAUUCUUGUCAUUUUAAAUUUUAUAAGAAGGAGACUUGAAAUCAUGUUUAGUCCCAUAGUAUGGGAUAGGUAGUCAUACCUCCCCAUCUCAUCUCCGAAUGGAUAACUGUUACGCCAGCCAUUAUCUCCUGGGUCAGACCCAAGGCCCUGAGCCCUGGGAUGGUAUCUUUAGCAGGCACUCCUUCAGUUUGUAGUUCAAUUUGGUCAUCUGUGCUCUGUUAGGUUAGAGGCAGACAAUCCAAAGUAUUUAUCUUUGCCAUGACCAGGAGCAACAGAUCUUCCUGAACAUAAACAGGCAAGUAAGCACCUAAAGAGAAAUACUUAGGUAUCAGCCAGUGGAACAAGUGGCAUUGAUACCUGGAAGACUAAAUCUUACUCUAGUUCUUUUUUUUACCCAGCCUAAUCAGACCUCUAAGAAAGCCCAUCCAGCACAGAACAUUGAUUCUAUCCACUUGUAACCCAGCGCUUGACAGAAGAGCACUGAAGUUGUGAUCAGCUUAGUAGCAGAUGCUUAGGUAUAACUUGUUUGUCUUUUUUUUUACCCCUUGACAGUACAUAAAUCACUUGCACUUUUCUUUAUUUCUUAAGGAAAAAAAAUCCAGUUUGCUUGCCAGGAAGCGUUGAGCGUUAGGUUUACAAAGCUUGUUGUUGAAUGUUAAAAACUUGUCCAAAGGAGUUUGGCAAAAUAGAAGCUGCUUGGUCCCUGUUCUUGCCUUCUGGAUCAUAAGGAUUAUUAAGGCUAUGUAGCUUGGAUGCUUAUGACAAGUCCAGAACAGGGCAGCAUCCCUCUCCUACCUCUCUGUGGAGAUGCAAUUGAAGGUCAAAUCAGACUUGAUGUAGGGCAGGUACCCCUCAUGCUGCAGCAAGUUCAAAGGAGUCUUUGAGUUGGGGAGGUGACAGACAAAUAGGACAGGAUUUCUGGUCUGGAAAGGUCCCGGGGAGAGGCACUUUGCCCCCAGGAAUUGCAGUGAAGUAGAACUGAGCUCUCCUUUAGCAUUUCCAAACUAGCAUAUGCCAUCUAGUUUCCCUGGGGCACUUUUUUCCAGUAUCCUGUCAGACCCCUCAUUGUAUUGAUUCUUUUCCCUUUGUGUUGACCAUACCAUAAUUAUUAUUAUUAUUUUUUUUAGCAAUUGAGAAUGCACUUUUAUUUCAACUCAAUCAUGAUUUUAAACAUAAAAAUUAUAGAUUGUUAAAACUACUUUUUGUGUAUUUUUAACCACUCAAUGUAGCAUUGUAUAUUUUAUUCUUGUGAGACUCUGGUACAAGGUGUGCCGCUUCACGAUAUUUCCGAGAUGCUGGGCCUUUGGAUGUGUACGGUAACCCACCUAAUGCUAAUGUUCAAAGUAAAAGAAGUAGCCAUA